AAAAAAUUUUUAUAAUCUUAUUUUGCACGUUCUAAACGUCUAAUCGCAGAUAAUUUGCGGUACUAUCGUACAAAGCAAUAACGAGGAAAAAGAAGAUCAAAAUAAAAACGUCGAAAUUUAUUUAUUGGAAAUAUAAUGGGAGAUAAAAUGUUGCGUUGCUAUAACAGAGGCUGUGGUCAGGAAUAUGAUCCUGAAAAGAAUUUCUCAGAUUCAUGCCGUCAUCACCCAGGCGCACCAUUUUUUCAUGAUGCUUAUAAGGGAUGGUCGUGCUGCAAUAAGAAAUCCGUAGAUUUUACAGAGUUUCUCAGUAUAAAAGGUUGCACUGUGUCCAAACAUUCGAAUAUUAAGCCGCCAGAACCGGAGAAACCGGUGGCUGUAGAGAAUGAAGAGAAUGAAAAAACUGAGGAAAAAAUAGCACCUAUACGUGCACUUAUGGAAAGACCACCCCUGGAAACGGCCAUGACAGAAAUUCAACCCGAAGUGGCUGCUGCCUUAAAGGAUACCAUUGACAAUUUGAAAACAAAAAGUGCAACACUGGAAUGCGAAGCGGAUGCAAACGAACUAACCGUUGGUACCGCCUGCAAGAACUCGGGUUGUAAUUAUUGUUUUUCUGAUAGUGCAACCGAUGGCAAUCGAUGCCGUUAUCAUCCUGGUGUGCCGAUCUUUCAUGAAGGCAUGAAAUAUUGGUCUUGCUGUCAACGUAAGACUUCAGAUUUUGCAGUGUUUAUGGCGCAGCCAGGUUGCAAAUACGGUCAGCACAAGUGGUUUAAAGACAAUAGUGAUAAAAAAGUUGUACAGUGUCGUUAUGAUUGGCAUCAAACGCCUACUAGUGUUAUUGUCUCAAUAUACGCAAAAAAAUACCAUUACGCCCAUAGUAAAAUUAAAGUUAACCCCGUACGUCUGCAAACAGUUUUGAUUUUUUCCGAUCAAGAAAAUGCUAAUUUUGAAUUGGACUUGGAAUUAAGAGGAAUUAUUGAUGUGUCCAAAACUACUGCUCAUAUGUUCGCAAGCAAAGUUGAAAUUAAAAUGGUGAAAGCGGAACCCGGCUCUUGGUCAAGAUUAGAUCUUCCACAACAGAAAGUGCAACCAGUUAGAAAAAUUAAUGAUAAAAACCCUGACAAAUCAAAUUCGACAAGCGAUGCGGAUUUUGAAUGCUUUUCGUUAGAUGAUAUAGAAACCGUUAAUCAGGGACUGCAUUUAUCGGAAAUGAGUACUACUAAAGUUAAUUUAGACUGAAUUGAUCAUUAUCGC